AUGAAGGUCUGUUUUAGAAACUGUGACCCUGUGCUCAAUCUGAAGAGAGGUGUACGUGUCUGGGAGUUAAAGGAACGUUUAACGGAUUGCACUUGUCGUAAUCGGUCACCAUGUGCAACUGUUAGGCAUCAAUCAUCAGAGAGUAUGCCUGGAUGGUGGGCAUUCGAAAUCCAAAAAGCAGUGAAGAGAUCUGUUCAAGCGUCAUUGCGUGUAAGUUCCGGAAAGCGCAAUUGUCCUACCGGAUUGUCAAUCAUUAGUGCUGCUGAUGCGCUUCAUGAAUCUGCUGCACCGCUAAAUACAGAUGACGACUCAGAUGCGCCUUCGCUUUCCAAGAGAGGAAAAAAUGAUGACGCAAGCGUUGGUGCUGUUUUCUGUCAGAAAAGCAAUGAACUGGAAUCAGAAACUGCUGGUUGUAACUCGUCCAAAUCAGUUGAGAUGAAGCAGCGCUCUGCUGGAGAAAUUGAGACUAAUGCAGAUCCAGAAGUAGCUGAAUGUUUAUGUGAAAUGUUACGAUCUCAUGUGAUUGCUGGAUUCUCGCAUACUUUUGGAGUCGCUGUAACAAGUAUGGGUAAUGCUAUUCUGGAAACUGAACAGUUCUUACCAGCGGAAUUGAUCUUUUGUUUCUCACGAGUGAACAAGUUUAUCCGUUGA